AUGUGGAAAUGGGUCGUUCGGGUCUAGCGUCAUUCCGCGUUCGGAGUUAUGGAUUCUCCGGGAGGGGCUGAGAAGCCAAUCACAACUGAUCUCGAUUUGUAUGUACGCUCAACGCGUCUUCUGGGACACGAGCAUCGCGCGUCGAAGACUGCUGGAUCGAUCAACGAUAUAUCCCAUCCUGUCGCCACGGACACAAGCCUGUUUCGCAACAACUAUCAAUUUUGCCAUAGAUCAAGCAUCUUGCUUUUCCGAUAGCCUCGAUCGAGAAUGGAGCAGAACGAAGAAGUCAAUCUUGAAGAGCGCUUGAAAUCUGCUCUCUGGUUAUCGAUUGGAAAGAUCGUGGAUGAAGAGACCAUUAAGCUUGGUGUCAACGCCACCCCUCAGUUCAUCGGAGCUUUGACUGAAAUGGUCUGGGCCCAGAUUGAGACGGUCAGCCAGGAUCUGGAGUCAUUUGCUAAGCAUGCCGGGCGCUCAACAGUCAAUGUCGCAGAUGUGAUGCUACUUGCACGCCGUAACGAAGGACUGGAGUCUAUUCUACGAGCAUUUGUUGAGCAACAGCGUGAAGAAGAAGCUUAAUUGGUUGGGAUAAAUCCCCACGUCUGAGCUUUGCGCGGCUUCACGCAGCUUUGCGACUAAAGUGUGGCAGCGGGAGCAGAUAAGGCGGCUGCCCAUCGCUACCAUCCAAAAUUGCCGCU